AGAGGAAGAGGGGCGGGAUACUGUUCGGUGAAAGGCGGUGCUUGUUUUAGGGAAUGGGGUAGAAACUGAAAGGGUGGGCUUGACCGUUGACUGGUUUGAGAGCGUGUGCAUGUUUUUUUUUUCAUUUUUAUGGAGAUCGUCUUGUAUUUCUGUUAUGCUCACAGACGGAAAAUUUCUAAAAAUCUCGAGAGAGGAGAACAUUAAAUAGGAACCGGAAGAGUGGAUUGCUUGGUGCUGUGAGGGGAUAUAUUCUCAGCUGGUACAACCAUGGGCUUCCGUAAGAAGAAUAAGAGCCCGCCGGUGCUGAGCCACGAGUUCGUGAUCCAGAAUCAUGCUGAUAUGGUGUCUUGCGUGGCCAUGAUCAUCUUACUAGGACUCAUGUUUGAGGUAACAGCAAAGUAUGCCAUCAUGUUCAUUACUGUCCAAUAUAACGUUACGUAUACCUUUGAGGAAAAAUCAGAACCCAUAAACUUUUAUAGAUAUGGUCCAAAGGACAUGGCAACUAUUUUUUUCUAUGUUCUUAUUGCCAUCAUUCUUCAUGCAUUGAUUCAAGAAUAUAUUCUUGAUAAAAUUAACAGACGGCUUCAUUUGUCUAAAACAAAGCAUAGUAAGUUCAAUGAAUCGGGGCAGCUUGCUGCAUUUUACCUGUUCUCCUUUUUGUGGGGAGUGAGCAUCCUAACUGCAGAAGAAUUUGCAACCAAUCCUACUCUGCUGUGGGAAGGUUAUCCACAUGUCCAUAUGUUUUUUCAGGUGAAAUUCUUCUACAUAUGUCAGAUCGCCUAUUGGCUUCAUGCACUCCCAGAGCUUUACUUUCAAAAAGUUCGAAAGGAGGACAUUCCUCGUCAGCUAUACUACAUUUGCCUUUACAUUUUUCACAUUGUUGGUGCCUACAUUCUCAACCUUCACCGCCUUGGCCUGAUUUUGUUGGUGCCACAUUACUUGGUAGAACUGUUGUUCCACGCCUCAAGACUCUUCUAUUUCAGUGAUGAAAACAAGCAAAAAGGGUUCACUCUUUGGGCUCUUCUCUUUGUAUUGGCUCGUCUCCUAACCCUUACAUUAUCUGUGCUUACGUUUGGUUUUGGUCUUGCCCGAACAGAAAGUCAAGGUUUUUCUAUAGCAGAUGGAAAUUUUAAUAUUCUCACCAUCAGAAUUAGCUGUUUAGCUGCAAUUUGUCUAACUCAAGCAUGGAUGAUGUGGAAGUUCAUAAAUUUCCAGUUAAAGAAGUGGAGAGAACACAGUCAAAAUCAAGCCUCCAAAAAGAGAGUUACCAGUCCGAAAGGCAGAGCUUCAAAAAAAGAAACAAGCAAAGGUAAUGCUGUGAAUGGAGUGUUGAAAUACGAGGAUAGAACUUCACCACGUGCAAGGAAAACCAAAACAUCGUAAAGAUUCCACCUGCAUUAAAAAUAAGAAGGAAAAAUGUACUGUUCUCUUUCUGACUUGUCCCUAAGCUGCUCCUUUCACCCCAGUCUCUGAUAAAAUGAACUAUCUCUUAACUUUUGAAGUAUUAAACCGUCCUAGUUUUGUUUUCUGUGCUUUGGAAAUCAGAUAUUUUUUUACAAUCUUAUGAAAUGUAUAUAGUAUGUGCUUAUAUAUUUUUUCCUAAUAGUUUUAUUUGGAGAGUCUGCUACCUUUGAAGCAGACCGUUUUUGGUCUUGCAGCUCGAAUCCAUGUAUAGCUCAAUACACAACUACAGUGUAGGUAGGCUGUCUGGAAUCUCAUCCACCUUCCUUUCAAAGCUUAAAGGUGUUGACACUGUAGACAUUUAUCCUGUUGUCAUGUUUAUUUUGAGGGUUUUAUAUUACAGUUAACUUCAUUUUUAUUUUUGGGGAAGGUGAUAGCAAUACAUUGUGGUUUUACUGUAGUUGAAGAUCUUUUAAACUCUUUUAUUUGUUAGGACCUUUUUUCUCAAAUUUGUAAUUUCAGGGUCUCGAAGCAAUCUGGCCUUGUAAAGAAAAAUUCUCCACCAAAACAUUUCAGUGCAUAGUGCCUGCAAUGAUUAAUUACAAACUAGACAUUUGUUUUUAAUUUAUAAUGACAGUACUCAUAUUAAUUGAAAAAAGAGGCAGAGAUCUCUAAUGUGAGUGACCUAACUUUGCUUUCAUUACCAUUUUUUAUUUAAUUUGAUUUCCUAAUUCAGCUGUUGGUGCAAGCAUCUGGUGGCCUUUAAUUCAUUAUGGUCAUUUUACAGUGCUUGGCUCUAAUAGUGCCUGUCCAUGUUGUAGAGCAGUGCAGAACGUGACCUACAUUCAAGUGUCCUUAUAUACUUCAGAAAGUGCUGACUAUUUUUUGUGUACAGUAUAUGAACCAUUGCUUUUUUAUUCAGAGUUAGAUGUAGGAAUGUGUACAACAAUAAUUUAAAAAGAAAUUAAGAUGUACUGUCUGUCCUCUGAGAACUUUUGGAUGAAUUCUGUAUGGUUAUGCAUAAAUGUGCAUUGUUUUAGAUGCAUGGAUCUGUGUGGCUGCAUCUCUGAUUUUAAAUGUUUUGUCAGUGAAUUUGUCUUUUUGUUGUCUGAAGUCUUUGCAGAAGAGCUUGUCACCUUUUUGUCUGUUUUUUUAGCAAUAGAGUAAAAAUUUUACAAAAGCUGGAUUUCUACAAAACAAUCAGAAAUGUACUUCUAGAGUUCAAGUGACAUCUGAAAAAGUGUUUUACUAACAGUGGGAAACUUGAAUUUAAGUUACUCAUUUUUAUUUAAUUUUGCUAAAACAUUUUUUUUAUCUUUACAGAAGCUUUGUGCAAUCCAGAAGUUUCUAAUGUAAUUUGUCUUUAGUUUUGAUUUCAAAAAAACUCAUGAAAUUAUUCACUCAUUAUAAAUGCUGGUAAACACAUAUUGAGUUUCCCUUUAAUAAGAAAGUUAGCACUUCCUUCACUUUUCAUUAUCUUGAUUUAAAAUUAUAGCAAAUGUGCCUUUGCGUUAUAAUUUACAGAUUAAUUUUUUAACAAGGCUGAAAAACCUUCUUGAUUACUGUUAAGUAUAGCUAUUACAUGCAGGCUUUUGAAUUAAAUGUCUUUAAACACACACAAACAUUUUCUUAUUAAAGUUAUGAAAUUGAGAAAAAAAGCACAACAUACCUACACAUCAUCUUCAUUUUUUUGAUGAAGAAAAAAAUCAACUCUUUUCAAAAAGCAGCAACAAGUUUUAGGUUUGUCAAGUUAGCUCUUUAUGAGCUGGGCAAGACAGAAUGUUAAUUAUAAGUCUAAUAAGUAAUUUAGUAUAGUUCUAGAUCAAUAACACUUGCAAUUAAAUUUUAAAGCUGAACGACCCAAAGAAUAUCCUGUGAUCCAUAUUGCUUACAAAAUAUCCACAGUUUCUCUAUCGGAAUAUAUGUACCCAAGGCUUGAUUAAGAACCCCACUGGCCCCAUUGUGUCAAAGCUCAAAAGGUACCUCCACUAGGCAUACGUACUACUAUGAACAUCACAUAUGUCAGUAAUAAUCAAGUACAGAGACUGUAGUAGAAAAAAAAUCCAAAACAUUAUAAAAGGUCAACUUUGCCUUUCUUUUUGUUCAUUAACGUAUUACAAUGAAUGUAACAAACUGAGCAACAUCACAUCUGCAAGAAAUCAUCUUUCUCCUGAUAGUGUGGUUAAUGAACGUUAAUUUAAAGGAUAAGUUUAGUAUUUUUGAAGUCAAAGUUGUUUCUUCACAAACAUGGUAUAUAUGUAUUUGCCACACACGUUCUGAAGUUACAUUAUAAACUUGAAAAAUCUUGCUUGCAUUGGCACUUUAUAAUAGAGGCUAUAGGGUACCUCCUGAAAAUAAAAGACUAAAAACUAACCCAUAAAGCGUCAAAACGUUUCAUAUAAGAAAAUAUGCCUUCUGCGUUUCCGCCACAUAUUUGUGACAAACAUAAGGGACCAGGAAAAAAACAUUUUUAUUGCAUAUUCCAGGCACUGUUUUUCUCAUGGUAAGGAUAUGUUUUCUGUUCGCUUGUAGGAGUUCUCACCUAAUAUGGAAGUAAAUCAAGACAAAACAAACCACAUGGCACAAAACAUUUACUGUGAUUUGGUCUUUCAAGAGAAAACCACGUCCCUGGGAGGUUUAUGAAAAGUUGUUGCACAGGACAGCUAAAUGCUGAGCUAUCACACAUAGCUGGUCUUCUUUUAAAAUGCCUGAAAGUCAUAAUAUUUUUUUUUUGUUCAAAAAUGACAUGUAUAAACUAUUUUACAAUGUGUGUGUAAUCUCAGGGUGCAGAUGAACAUUCAGCAACUUGAAAAAUGGACAUAUUUGGUAAAUUUUUCAGUUUUUCAUCCAUGCCUCAUACUCUCCAUUGUAAAGUACCAGAGCAGGCAAAAUUUAAAAAAAAAAAAAAUCAUCUUAUUGUCACACUUUUCGCUCUCUCUCUCUCUCUCGUGCAUGUGAAGGCCCCUUUGCAAGAAGGGCCGCAGGGUGUGCACCCAGGUCAACCCGCAUGGCAGAUCCAGCCAUAACUGUACCUGUAAAAGAUUAUUUUUUCCUUGCAAAUGUCAUGUAGAAAUUUAAAUAAGUUAAUGCAAUUUUGAAAAGAAAAAAAUUGAAAAUUUAAUCUUUAAGAUAACUUACAGCACCAACUUUUGUACCCUUCCUUUGGCUUUAAAAUAAUUUACAUUAGUAAGACAGCCUCUCAUAUGUAACCAUACUUUCUAAACCUGCUGGAUUAGAGAUGUUCAACUGCGUACCCUGCUUUACCCCUUAAUGUACCUUUUUUCUAAAUACAUUUAAAGCUUUUGUUUUCCCCAUGAGCCAUUGUGGAUUCAAAAAACAUCUGUGAGAUAGCAAGAAUCAUGAUAUAUGUUGGUUCUGUCAUGUAGCAAUGCUUUGCAUUAUUUUAAUGUAAAACACAAGUCAUAUAACUAUUUAAAUCAGAAAAUGACUGAAAAAUGAUGCCAAAAAGAACUCUCAAAAUGGUAUAACUUGUAAAAGUAGUCAAUUUAUUAUUAAGCGUUUAAUAUUCAUUUAACUAUGGUAGUGCAUAGCCAAAAUAUGCCAAAAAGUUUGAAUUCAUUCAAUUUGAUGUGAUUUUCCGCUUGCCUUGUUAAUCUACAUCUUUUUAAAUAAUGGUGAUUGAUAUACGGCAUACAUCUAUUAUUCAUUUUUUCUUCUCUCUGUCAGUAUUGAUUCAAUGAAAAUCUUUAUGGACUUUCUGUUUCCUGGUCUGUUAAUUUGACAACAUCCUUUUGUGAGUAACAUAACAUUUGUAUUUUUUUUUUUAUCAACAAUUAAUGUUUGGCAGUUUACAAGUUUUAAAAUACAUUUAUACAUAUUGUAAUACCAAUUAUUUAAUAUCAUAUCUUGUUUUUUUUUAAAUGUUUAUAAAAACAUUUUAUAAGAAUUACAUUCAGCUGGCCUCCACAAGCAAAAAAUGUCUUUGCUUUGGGUGGGUGGUGAUAAGGCAAGUGAACACUUUGAACAUGCUACAUUUGUUGCACAUGCAUCAUCCAUGUAAACUCAACAGACAACUGGGCAUGGCAUCAUGGGUGACAGGACAACUGAAUGAACAAGCUUGUGUCCAGGUUGUUCAACUGUUAGGAUUUUCUAUUCAGAACCCCCAGUGCUGGCCUUGUAUUUUAAAGCUAUGUUAUUCUAGAAGAAUUACAAAAUAAUCUUUAGCUUUAUAUGGAAAAGAAAACCAGAAAACAUUUCCAAAAAAUCUUCUUGCAUUAAAGUUAUUCAUUUUUGUCAUAAAUGAUUUUUUUAAUGCAUUGUGACUUUAAUUGUAGGUGCACAAAAAGCACGAAGGCUUGUUUGUGGACUGCAUGUGCAGAAUUUCACUUUCAAUUAGUCUAAUCCAUUAUUAUUUUAUAUACUACUGUUAACACAGUGCACCAUCACAAGAUGCUUUACUGUGCAAGACCAGCUGAAUUCUUUCUCUGUGUGAAGUGUGCUUAGUCUUUUAGAGUCCCCUAUUUUAUGCAAUAUGCUGUACAUUUUUAAAUGACAAGUUGGAGCUCAAAUUCUUUUAAAAUGAAAUGAUUUAUUGCAGUCUAGAUAAUGUAAUGUUGAAUCAAACUGUUAAGUACAAAUUCAAAGCAAGUAAUGUGACUUAUUGAAACCGAGGAACUUUUUAAAAGAAAAAAAAAUAAUUAUUUAAUAUUUUCUUAUGUCAUUGCAUAAUGUGCAAUGUGUUUAAUUUAACAUCAUGAGAAUUUGCCAGAUAGGAAACAGCAAUAUGUUUUAUAUAUCCUGUGCUGUAUGUACCUGGUAUCGGAGUAAUUCCAUACUUGGCAGUAACACUUGGGAAGUGCCAAACUAGUGACAAUCAAUUGCUCAUGUAUGAUGACAUGUCUUUGGUUAUCACAACAUUAUUAAAAAAAAAAAGAAAAAAUAAAUAACAUAAUGUUGCAGGUGUGGGUGAUCACAUUCAUAUGUGGUGGGACUAUUAAGCAACUGCAAUUCAGUGAUUUUUGUGUGUUUUAUACAAAGCCUUUCUUUGUAAUAACAGAAUUGUGAGGCAGUCUGGCACUCCCCACUACAAUUGCAAGGUUUAAUAAUGUUACAUUGUAAUGAUACUGUAUGUGCCAAUUGUGAAAAUGUCUACCAGCAAAAUUCUGAUGCAUGUUUGUUGUUGUUUUUUAUUUAUUUUUUUGAUAAUUUGUCCUUGCCAUUUCAACUUAUUUUCAAAACAUUUUGAACCUCAUAAAUAAGGACAUUUUCAUUCUUAGAAUUACAGAGGUGUGGUGCAGAUUUAUAGAAACUAUAGACUUUUGCUUUUUUGAAGUGAGUGUGGUUCUUCAUUACCAGUGUAACAUUUACAUGUCUGCUGGCACCUGAACCUCAUGUAAAUUGUCAGCUUAAGUGUUCUUAUGAUACGAUGGCCACAUAUAAUGUCAAUGUAGUAGUGGACUAAAUACAGUAAAGGUAGCAGUACAGUUUUCUACUUACAAAGAACUCUCAGUAGCUUACAGAUAUAUUUUUCCAAAUAAAUAAUACAAUGCUUUAUUUGCUGCAUAAUUAUUAAAAUUCUCUAUAUAAAUGUUGAUAUUAUCAUGCCAUACAGUUAAUGUGUAAAAUUAAAAAGCACAUUAAAAUUAAGAGAACAGUGUAGUGAAUGAAAGAGUAUAAUCAGUGUAAACAAUUUAUUUUACUUGUGGAAGAGCUGAAAUCAAAAUUAUGUUCAGCAAAUGCACUCAUUUAAACAGUACCUGGAUGAAGUAAUUGGGAAAUAAUCUGAUGUGGCUACUGCAAUGAUGAACCUCAAAGCAGUAAUUUUUGAUUUUUUGACGUGUUAAUCAUUAUUGAAAGCGGAAAGUAUUUAUUGUUUGUUAGCAAACCAACCUCAGACAUUUGUUUAGAGUGGCAUCGUAUGAUGCUGCUUUCCAUUGAGUUCUUGGAGUAUGUCACUAUCUAAAACUCUGAUUUUCAUUUAAACUGUAUUUGUUUUGGGUAUUGGGAACAUGGAAAAGGGUUGAAGAUUGUAAGUUUGUUUCCUCAUACAAGAUAUAGACAUUGGCUUCUUUUUAUUUGUGUGGUUGUGCUUUUCUAAGAUGUUAUGCUAAACAUUUGAAAUGUCUUUUUUGGAAGCUAUCACUUUAAACCAGUGGUUCCCAACCUUUUCUAUGCCCUGCACCCUCAGAAAAUGUUUGAUUUAUGUUCGCACCCCUUGCAAAAGUAAUGUCUUAUCUCAAGAUGAAGAAGUCAAAUUUCUCAUUUUUGAUUUAAAAUUUUAAAUCUAACUUGAGCAGUUUACCUUUAUAAAUCCAAGUUUCACUUCUUCUGUCCAAAGAAAUCUUACUAUGGCACGUUGUUCAACAAUGGUGCAAUCCAACAGCAGGGUGCCCAUGUUCAUUUUUGUGUUUGGCUUUAACUACAAUAAUGGCAAUGUGCUGCCCUGUGUGUGUUCAAAGUACCCAUAAGCCAUCAGGAAUGCGUUGUAUUGUGUCAGCUUCUAUCUGUUUGGUUACAGGGUAAUUUUCAAAUUGCUUUAAGUUUUUGAUUUGCCAUGGUAUCUCUAAGUAAUAAAUAUAUAAUAAAUAAAUAUUUCAUGCAUUAGAUAACCAAUAAAAAGUCUGCUACAUGUUUUAUGCAUAUUAAAUACACAGUAUGAAGAGCCACACUGUAAAUACUGUAUUAUCUAUGUUCUUAAUUAGGCUAUAUUGCAAGAUGAUGGUAUUCUACAUGGUUUGUAAUAUGGUGAUUUACCUUUAGAUUUCAGUAACCUUAAAAGAUUUUUAAAUACUAAGGGGCUUUGCCCCCUGCUCGCUUCACUCGCCCACCCCCUACCUGAGGUGUGCUUUGCGUCCCCACUUUGUGUAUCUGCCGCUCGCGUUGCUGCUGCCGUGCUGCGUGAUCUGCAUGUCGCGCAGCGCUUCGAACAUUUAAAAACCUGUACAGCAGCUUUCCUUUUGUCUCACUGCCUUGUCUCGUAGGACGUUACAGUGUCUCCGAGAAAAACACGUCUCCUCUCCUUCCAAUCCUUCUAAAAAAGUUUUUAUAAUAGAGAGAACUAAAUAAAGUGAAAUUUACAAGCCUCCAGUAGAAAUCCAAGUUUAUAUUGUCUUGUGAAAAAGUGAAGAAUGAAAGCCCCAAUUCACACCAUGUAGCAGGUAAUUUAGUAUGUGAUACAAGAAUACGACCAUCCGUUGGAAGUAAGCCGAACUGGAUUGACUCAGGCUUGCUUCAGGAUGUAGAUUCCCUCCUGUGUAGUGCAGUCUGUAGGUACUUCAGAAGGUUUAAUAAAGGGGCUUUAAUAAUGAAAACAGGCAAUCCGCCCUCAGAGGAGUAAAAGUCCUAUUGACAUUCCAUUUUUUUAUAUGCUUGAUGCCUGUAUAAGAUUUCUCAUUUACUUGGAACUUUGUUACUCUCAGUUCAGGGCACUUUGACUUAAAACAGAGGAUUCAAACUAUUUUCUACAGGCAAUUGUUAUCUAAAAACAGCAAUCCCCAAAGCAGCUACAGUGUAUAUCCUAGUUAAUCUUAUUACUAAAAACUGAAGUGCGCAUUAUUUUCACCAGGAAGUGAUGGUGCAUCAUUUGGUGCCUACAAAACGUUGUCUGAACAAUCCAGUGACAUAAUAUGAAGCUACACAUCUUGACGCUGUCGGUCUGUAUGUUGUUGGUACUGAGAUGUGACCUGAAUUAAA